UCUGUGUUCUCCAGCUGUCUAAAACCUACGGGAACAUAUUCCAAGUGUUUCUGGGUCCCAAAAAAACUGUGCUCUUAGUUGGAUACAAAACCGUCAAAGAAGCUCUUGUGAACCAUGCAGAAGAGUUCGGAGACAGAGAUAUUGGACCUGGAUUCAGGAUAAUGAAUGACGAGCAUGGGAUCCUAUUUUCUAAUGGAGAGAACUGGAAAGAGAUGCGACGCUUCGCUCUCAGCAACCUGCGGGACUUUGGGAUGGGCAAAAGAGGAAGUGAAGAGAAAAUCAUAGAGGAAAUUCAGUAUCUGAAAGGAGAGUUUGAUAAGUUUGAAGGAAAACCCUUCGACACGACACAGCCUGUGAACUACGCUGUGUCAAACAUCAUCUCAUCUAUCGUGUACGGCAGCAGAUUUGAAUACACAGACCCUCAAUUCACUGAAAUGGUCGACAGAGCAAACGAAAAUGUCCGGGUUGGUGGAUCAAUUUCUUUGUGGCUUUACAACAUAUUUCCAUGGUUGGGUCCGUUCCUGAAAAACAAAAGGAUUAUUGUAGACAAUAUUGUCCAAAGUAGACAACAGAUGACGAAGUUGAUCAAUGCACUUCAGGAGACUCUGAAUCCACACGAACGCAGAGGAUUUGUCGACUCCUUUCUCAUCCAGAAACAGAAAGAUGAGAAAUCCAGCAAGAAGGACUCAUAUUUUCAUGAGGAGAAUCUUAUGAUGUCGGUGACAAAUCUCUUUGUUGCUGGUACUGACACCACAGGAACGACUCUGCGCUGGGGUCUGAUGCUUAUGGCCAAAUAUCUUCAUAUACAGGAUCGAGUUCAGGAGGAGAUUGACAGAGUGAUCGGUGGACGUCAGCCAGUGGUGGAAGACAGAAAGAAAUUACCGUACACAGAUGCUGUGAUCCAUGAAACUCAAAGACUGGCCAACAUAGUACCCUUGAGUCUACCGCAUGUAACCAGCUGUGAUGUUACCUUCAAUGGAUACUUCAUCAAGAAAGGCACCACUGUAGUUCCUCUGCUGACGUCUGUUUUGAAGGAUCCAAGCGAAUGGGAAAAACCAAACAGCUUUUACCCAGAACACUUCCUUGAUGAGAAGGGGCAGUUCGUCAAAAGAGAUGCUUUCAUACCCUUUUCUGCAGGACGCAGGGUUUGUCUUGGAGAGAGUUUGGCCAGGAUGGAGCUCUUCCUGUUCUUCACCUCCCUUCUUCAGAGCUACCGCUUCUCAACUCCACCUGGAGUGUCUGGAGAUGAUCUGGAUCUCAAAGGAGUAGUAGGAAUAACUUUGAAUCCAUCCCCACAUAAGCUGUGUGCGAUAAGAUAUGAACAGUCAUUAAAAGGUUACAGAAACCAAACAUGUAUUUUUGAGUAAAUGUAUAUACUGUAUACUAAGCAAAGUUGAAAACAACCAUUUCUGACUUCUGUAAAACUCCUCAGAUAAAUAAAAAGUUGUAAUAGCCUAGGAACAAAACAUUUUGAGGCUAUUUGCCAGAUUAUAAUUUACAGAAUGUUGUUACUGAUUGUUCGGGGAAAUAAAAAGUUGUUAAAAUUUGGAUAUUAAAUUAAGCACAAUACUGACCUCUCACGAGGCAAAAUCGCGCUCUUUCACAGAGCAUGCACAGACAGUGGUCAUUUUAUUAUGACUAAUUUAGUCUUUUUCUGACAUAAUAAUGACUUUUAUACAGUCAGAAAGCAGCUUUUUAGAAUAAACAAAACACAGGUUUACGAAAGAAUAACAACUUUAUUUACUUUAUUGAAAUAUUUACUGGACUUCUUUGUUGACAAUUACAAUAUGUUUGCAUUAUUUGACAUCUGUCCAUUAAUUUAUUUGCUGUUGUUGUGGUGUAAACUGUAGUUUGCUGCUUUAUCCUCACAUUAUAGCAUUAAAAAAAAAAAAAAAAAAAAAAAAAAAAAAAA